CGACAAAUCGGCCUCGUGGCGCGUUUCUUUCGAAAACGAUUCAAGUUUUUCGCGAACAUCUACAAGAUGACCACGCACCAGCGGACCUUGCGAAUUUUGGCGGACGAGAACAAUCGGAGACUUUUACCACUGCGGGUCCCAGAAGCUCUGGCCGGACCAGACGCCAGUGCGGACGCGAGGCACGACUGGUUUCGAGUAGAAGUUGCGUGUAGGAAAGAAGUGCUACGCAAAACGCUCGAAUUGGACGCAAAGAAGUAUCAUGACGGCGUAGUGGUUGAUGGCGCAUCGACGACUUCAACAUCUUCAUCAAGCCAAAAAUCUUCACCCGGGAGAACAACGGAGAGUUCCGAGCUAUCCGCCUGGAAAGCUUUUGACCUCGACGACAUUCCGCUUGCUCUCGUUGCCGACGUUCUCCCGGCUUUGUUGCACCCGUCUUGCGUGUGUCGCGAGGUGAGAAAAAACAAGUGCAGAGCCGCAAUGAACAGCGACGGUUGCGACCAGUUGGGCGAGAUUCUCGGGGUGGAGCCUUUCUGCUUUCUAGCGCACCUGUAUGCCCAUUUCAAGGAGCAAAUGAGGCGGGACGACGAGCUUUUCUACACGGAAGCUUCCUCCUCUACCUCGUCCUACAAGCCUAUCCUGAGUAAAAACGUACCCACCCCAGAGUUGUCAUGCAGAUUUGCGAUGACAGGAAGACUUGUAAUGCGCAUCUCCAUGAGCAUGAGAGGCAUACCAGUCGUGUUUUGAAAUUUGUGAUGCUGUGAACAGGAUGAGCAGAUGAAUCUGUGCUGCGGUUUUCCUUGCUAACAUGCACUACACUGCGGAGCGCAACUUGUCAUGCGUGACUCACAAAACUCCUAGGUUUGUGUUGCAAAGCCCCCAACUUGACUCUGGUGUGGGGACGUUUUUACUCAGGAUAAAGCCCUUCACCGUGACCCCCGAGGACAAGCGGUUUCUGUUCUUCGGAUAUCAAAGUGAAAAAAGCCCCCACCCCAUAUCGAAAACGGAAGAUGCGCGAAUUUGUGAUGCUGUAUUUGAGUACACAAAUCGACUUGUAUUGCUAGAAGGCCAAGAGACGAAGCUGCGCCCUAAAUUGCAGGCAAUCUGUCAUGCUGAUUCCCACUUCCAGCUGCCUCCUGUCAUCCUGGAGCUGCAAGGCUUUCCCACGCUAGACAGCACUACAGUCCGCAUCUUUUGCCUUCUAGCAUCACAAAGCUGAUUUGUGACCACAAAUCUGCAUCACAGAUUUCCGUUUUGAUAUGGGGAGGGGGCAUUUUUCAUUGUAAUAUCGGAAAGCAAUUUUUCCUUUGGCAGGACGACGUUGAGGAGCGUCGGAUCGAGAGCAUCACUGAGUCACAGAGGAUCGCAGCGCCGACAGAACUACACCCUUUUGUGGAGGAACUUGGCACGAC